AUGUUGCUCAAGGUGAAGUACCAGAAUACCAAGAAGUACAUCCGAUUACUGUCAGAGUUCACCUUUUUGGAUUUCAUUGCUAAAGCUCAGACACCGGCGCAAGACAUCAUUCUUGAGAUACAGAUUGAUCCUGGUCCAAGUGCAACGACACAAGAUGGAAUUUCAGAAGAAGACUUCUCUCCUUUAGAUCAUUCCACAUCAACCUCCCUCACGGAUACCGACACAUCACUUUCAAGUGACAAAGACCAUUCCAGUCGAAUAGAACAUGGGAUUCCCAUAGGCAGAUGUACAUCCAGCCAAGUCAUACCCAGGCCUAACACAGAGGUCUCUGAGUCAGAGGCUGCAAAAGAGAUGGUAAAAAAUGCCUUGCUUUGCAAACCUGGGGGUGAGGAUGUCAUCGAAGAGUACAAUGCAGAAAAGUCGGUCACUCACCGCACCCGGAGACAGCUUGUCAACAUAUUGGCUAGCCAUAUGACUGAGAUCCAUGGGGAAGCCAUAUCUUUUCUCAUUCACUCUCAGGAUGAAGCAAGUGUUUUUCAGAAGAUGAAGAUGACCUUUCAAUAUCGCCAAGACCUAGUGCAUGACCCACAGAGAACCACAGAUGUCUUUAAAACAUUUCCACGUUUUUUGGAUGUCAAAGGGCUGCUGAAUCAAGACUUCUUUCUGCUGUUUGGAGCUGAAACAUCCUCCAAGAUGCUUGAGAAGUGGGAUACAACUUUCAGGCCCAAGGUCAUCAAUGAGGCAAAACACCUGACUCAGUCAGUUGAGCUGUGCCGACUUCAAAAAGCUGCUGAGAAAACCGCAGAGAACGAUGACACCACCUGGGCCAGUGACAUGGCUUCUUUGCUGCUCCUUCUCCAUCUCCUACCACCCACAGCUGGACGGAAAAGGACAAAGAUAAGCCCCAGUGAUGCAGUGAACAAAAUGUUGCACUUUCACAAGUCAUGCUGCAGCUUGGAUGAACACCUUCUCUUUGAUCUCUCAUCUAAGGCUUGA